CGGCGAACGGCAGUUCGACAGCAAGAGGAAUCUCGACUUCUCUUCACUGACCUCAACACGUACUCGGCGGCCCUUCUUAACAAGCUGAGGUUCUGGUCUUUGUGCGAUAGCAAUGUGCACAUCAUGGACGAACGCACUCCACUUAUCUCGACCGUCCGCGUAGAGCGGAGGACCGGGCAAUACCACCACACCAUCGUCCGCCGCUUCUGUACCGUCGCCUUAUCCAGCGUUCUUGUUGCUAUUAUAAUAUGCUUCCUCCUGCCCGUUGCGAUUCUCCCACGAGGUCACGAUCCUCUCUCUGCAUAUUUCCCUUGGUCUCACCACUUACCGAAAGCAUGGCCCCAGAGCACGGGAAUCACAUACAACGAACUUCAAGAGCUGCUCUUGAGCACCCCGGACGAGGAUAAGGUCCGUUCAUGGAGCGAGUACUACACUGCCGGUCCACAUCUCGCAGGGAAGAACCUGAGCCAGGCCAUUUGGACACGAGAGAGAUGGGAAGAGUUUGGAGUCAAGUCGGACAUUAUCGCCUACGACGUCUAUAUCAAUUACCCCGUCUCGCAUCGGCUGGCGUUGCUGAAAGACGACAAGGUGAAGUACGAGUGUAGCUUGGAGGAGGAUAUCCUCGAUGAAGACCCGAGCACGGCCUUGCAAGACCGUAUACCGACCUUCCAUGGCUACUCCGCUAGUGGCAAUGUCACCGCCCCGUACGUCUAUGUCAACUUCGGCACGUACCAAGAUUUCGAAGAUUUACUGGCUGCAAACAUCAGCCUGUCUGGAAAGAUUGCGCUGGCGAAAUAUGGAAAGGUGUUUCGCGGUCUCAAAGUCAAGCGGGCACAAGAGUUGGGCAUGAUUGGAAUCGUCAUCUACUCCGAUCCACAAGAAGAUGGCGAGAUCACGGAAGAGAAUGGCUACAAGCCAUAUCCCGAAGGUCCAGCCAGGAAUCCAAGCAGUGUCCAGCGAGGCAGUACGCAGUUCCUGAGCACUCUUCCAGGAGACCCUACCACGCCCGGGUACCCUUCAAAGCCAGGGGUGCCUCGGCUCGAUCCCGGGGGAUCCACUCCCAAGAUACCGUCACUACCCAUAUCCUACGCCGAUGCCCUUCCUCUCUUGAAGGCUCUCAACGGACACGGUCCUAACGCAAGCUCGUUCAGCGAUGACUGGCAGGGUGGUGGAUUGGGAUAUAAAGGAGUCGAGUACUAUAUUGGACCGUCACCAAGUGACAUGACUCUGAACCUGGUCAACGAACAAGAAUAUGUUACCACACCACUCUGGAACGUGAUAGGCGUGAUCAACGGCACCAUCCCGGACGAGGUCAUUGUCCUCGGGAACCACAGGGAUGCCUGGAUCGCUGGGGGUGCAGGCGAUCCAAAUUCUGGCUCUGCUGCACUCAAUGAGGUCAUCCGAUCCUUUGGUGAAGCACUCAAGGCGGGUUGGAAACCAUUCCGUACCAUCGUGUUCGCAAGCUGGGACGGGGAAGAGUACGGAUUGGUUGGAUCAACGGAAUGGGUCGAAGAGUACCUGCCCUGGCUGUCCUCCAGCACGGUUGCGUACCUCAAUGUCGACGUCGGAAGCCGUGGGAAACAUUUUGAUGCUGCAGCAUCGCCGUUGCUCAACAAGCUGAUUUACAAUGUGACCGGCACCAUACCUUCACCGAACCAAACCACGGAAGGACAGACGGUCGGCGACAUUUGGGACGGCAGAAUCCGGACAAUGGGCUCCGGCAGUGACUUUACCGCAUUUCAAGAUUUCGCCGGCAUCCCAUCUCUCGAUCUUGGCUUUGGCAACGGUCCAAAGGAUGCGGUCUAUCACUACCACUCCAACUACGACAGCUUCCACUGGAUGGACAAUUACGGCGACAAAGACUGGCACUACCAUGUUGCGGUGACGAAGGUAUGGGCGUUGCUUGCCGCUCAGUUGUCCGAAUCCGCAGUUUUGCCUCUGAGCGCGAAGGACUAUGCACGGGGCCUUGGUAAUUACCUCGAAGACGUCAAGGAAAGGUCCAAGGAGCUGUCUUUCUCGUCGAGCUUCAGCUUCAGCUUCAAGCACUUGGACAAGGCCACGGCGAAAUUACACAAAGCCGCCUCGCACUUUGAUGCCUACACGACAGAAUUAAAGGGCAGGCUGGGAGAAGAUGUCCCGUGGUGGAAAUGGUGGAAAAAGGUCAAGCUGUACUACGAGGUCCGGAAGGCGAAUUCAAAGUACAAGAUGCUGGAGCGACAGUUCCUCUUCCCGGGCGGCCUCGACAACAGGUCGUGGUUCAAGCACGUGGUGUUUGCCCCGGGGCGAUGGACCGGGUACGCCGGCGCGACGUACCCCGGACUCGUGGAGAGCUUCGAGGACAACAACGUGACCAACGCGGAACGCUGGAGUGAGAUCAUCGUCGACAGGCUACACGCGGCGGCGAAAUUGUUGGCAUGAUCGAAUACUUGAUAAGAAAAUGGGAAUUAUGAGGUAUAUGAAUUUUGGGUCUCAAACUCGAAUAGAGAGCUCGACUACAUUUUCUUGACAACUACGUGCUAAGACCUGAGAAAACAAAUGUCUCCAUGUCUCGUCGCUAUCGUUUGCAUCUUGUUAUCUCGGUCUAUUUCUAUUGUUGCGGGCAGAAGGUGGCGCGGAACCAUGAAAGAUGCUGGUGAUGUAUGACAGUGACCUGCUGAAUUAGGC